UCUCUGUUUUCCUGUUGUCACAUCAGUUGUACUCUGUUCUCAUCAGAUCAAAUACUGUCCACAAGAACUCAGUCACUUCAACAGGAUGGAGAGGUGGCUCCUCUUUUGGCUGGUCCUGUCUUUGGUGUCUCUUAACGUCACCUGCAAACAUCCUGAUCAAAACAAAGGUGUAGGCAAGAAUCCAUGUAAGAGGCCAGAUCAGGAUAAAAAUCAGGGUUCAGGUCAAGAUCGAAAUCAAGAUUUAGCUCAUAAUCAAAAUAAAAGGCAUGCUCGAAGUCAAGAAUCAGGGGAGAAUCAUGGUUCGAGUGAAGAUCAUAGUCAAGGUUCAAGUGAAGUUCAAAAUCAAGGUUCAGCUAAGGAUCAAUCUAAAAGGCAGGCUCGAAGUCAAGAAUCAAGGGAGAAUCAUGGUUCGAGUGAAGAUCAUAGUCAAGGUUCAAGUGAAGUUCAAAAUCAAGGUUCAGCUAAGGAUCAAUCUGAAAGGCAGGCUCAAAGUCAAGAAUCAAGGGAGAAUCAUGGUUCGAAUGAAGAUCAUAGUCAAGGUUCAAGUGAAGUUCAAAAUCAAGGUUCAGCUAAGGAUCAAUCUAAAAGGCAGGCUCGAAGUCAAGAAUCAAGGGAGAAUCAUGGUUCAAGUGAAGAUCAUAGUCAAGGUUCAGGUCAAGAUGCGAUGCAAAAAGCAGGUGGAGAUGGACAUAAAGGAUCAGGAGAGGGCCAGGGUCAUAGAACAGGUCAAAAUCAAAAUCAGAGUUUAGAUAAAAAUAAAGAAAGCCAGUCAGGUCAUGAUCAAGGUUCAAAUCAGAAUAAAAAUCAAAGUUCUCAUUCGGACCAUUCUAAUGGUUUAAAUAUGGGUGGUAAUCAAGGUAUGGGUUCGAAAGAAAACACACCUCCGGGUCAUCAUGAAAAUAAAGGUUCACCCCAUAAACAUGACAAUCCAGGUAAUCCUCCAAUUCGAUGUGGAAAGAAAAAGGCAGCAGGUGAGAUGUUUUAAUAUUUAUUAUGGUUUGAAGGAAAUGUGUUUUAUAUGUUUAUUUAAAAAAUCUGUAACUCAUCAAAAAUAUAAAUCUGUACGCUUCUCAGGGGUCUCAGAUGCCAGAUUUUGUAUGCAGGACGUAGACAACGUCUUGAAAAAAGGAAGCCGUGAAGAAACUUUUCAAGCCAUGAAGAGCCUUAAACAGGUUCUGGAGGACACAGAGGUGAAUGAGACGACAUCCAUGUCUACCAACACUUUGGUGGCGUUGCUGUACAAACCUAAAGGCCCCUUUGCAGGCCUUGAAAUCUAUGCGAGUGAAAAUGAGGCAACAUCAGAGAAGACUCUCACCAACAGCAAAGUGAGUGUUUGCCUGCCGAGUGAGAUAGGUGCUGGAUCAAACAACACAAUCGUGUUCUGCAUGCUUACCUGGUCUGGAACAAACAAGACCUCAGAUAUUUUAUAUGAGGACAGACUGGUUGGCUUGAGCGUGCGGGGGAAGAAUAUUUCUGGAUUACAGCAACGAGUCAAUAUCACAAUAAAUCUCACCAUGGAAAUAAAUGACAACCAGAAGCCCAGCUGUAGAUUCUUAGAUUUUUCAACAUACAAUUUUAGUGAGGAUGGCUGCACCACCCUGUGGAGGCCUGGUCAGAGUCAGGUCAUCUGCUCCUGUGAUCACCUCACAUACUUUGCUGUGCUCCUGGUGUCAGCUGACCUCCCAGUCGAGCAUCAGGAGAUUCUGUCAUACAUCACUCUGAUUGGCUGCAGUCUGUCUCUUUUCGUCCUGGUCAUCACAGUUCUGCUUUUCAUCAUUAACAGAAAAGUCAGAGCAGACGUCUCCAUGAAGGUCCACAUUAACCUGGCCAUUUCUCUGAUCCUCCUCAACGUGCACUUCCUCCCCAGCCACACAGUGGCAGCACUAGCCCACUCUGGUCUUUGUCUUUACUUUGCCCUUGCCCUUCACUACUCACUGCUGGCUACAUUCAGCUGGAUGGCUCUGGAGGGGUUUCACCUCUACCUCCUGUUGGUCAGAGUCUUCAACAUCUACAUCAGGAGAUACCUGCUCAAACUCAGCCUGGUGGGAUGGGGUGUCCCUGUAGUCAUUGUGUCCCUGGUGAUCAUUAUAGACAGAGACGCGUAUGGUAUAUCCCCACUGGACUCCAAGAACCCAAACAGCACUGAAAUAUGCUACAUAGUCAAUGACACGGUGAAGAUGGUGACCACAGUGGGGAUGUUCAGCUUGGUGUUCUGCUUUAACCUGAUCAUGUUAGGAGUGACGAUCAGACGUCUUGUGAGUCUCCGUAAAAAAAAACAGUCUGAAUACAUCGACCGUGACAGAGCGAAGCAAGACAUAUGCACCCUGCUGGGAGUCACCGUUCUUCUUGGCAUCCCCUGGGGGCUGGUCUUCUUCUCUUUUGGUUACCUGACUGUUCCUGGACACUAUGCCUUCUGCAUCCUGAACUCACUGCAAGGUUUCUUCAUCUUCCUGCGAUUCUUGAUGUCUUUGAGAAAAAUUAGAAACUCUACUGCUAUGAUGAGCUUUAAAACACAAAGCACCAACAGCUAACUCCAAACCCAUAAUGCCAAGACGAAGACUGUUUCAGUUUGUGUCUGUGUGCACGCGUGUGGUGAAGUAUUUAUCAAAAGAAAAAAAAAACUAGCCUAGUGUAAAGUUUGUUGUUAUUAUUUUGUUUUACCAUGGAUUAUGAUGUUUUGUGUAGCCAACCCAAAUAAAGUAGACAUGCUAGCUAAAGCCGACUUGUGCAAACUGA